AUGGAGAAUGAUGAAGCUAAUGAUACAUGUGCAACAAAUAUGGCAAAUCUGUUGUGGUUUGGAUGUACAUCUAUGAAAGCCGAGAGUAUGUGCAUAUCUACAUUGGUAAUAAAGAUAAACAGGCAAGUAUCAUGUGAAGGUAUUUGGGAAUCCGAAGACAGCGAAAGUCAACAACAGAAUGGUGUUGGUGACUUUUCAACAGCUCAUUUUCUCCAACAGAACUCCAGACGUUUGUCACGUGAACCUGGUCAUGACAUUGCAACUAGUGCUCUUGCUGUGUUUCCUAAGCAAAAGAGGACAAAGCAACACGACGACUUGCGGUCAUGUGCAGUACACAGUGAUCACGAAUGCACAACAGUACACAGUGAAAUUGCUGUAGACCAAAACAGUGCUAGUAACAGCAAAGCAAACAUUCCCACAACUGUAGCUGUAGUCUGCUCUGAUGAAGGAACUGAUAAACACAGGACUUACAUUGAAGUACAUACUCAGCAACAGAAAUCAGUAAUCCAAACGCGAGUGCAUCAAGAGCUUUUAUUAAAGUAUCAACGUGGUAGUGACAGCUAUGAAGGUGAUUACAGAUGUGAUACUGAUCCUUCGGACAAGUCUAUUCCUGGAAAAACGGUUCGAGAUUGUGUUCCUCCUCAUUCUUUUGAUGGGAUGAACAGUAUGCAAGAUUAUACUCAAAAAUCACUGCAGUCAGAGAGUUCAGGAUACUCUAGUGAAUCAUCUGCAAACAGAUAUCAAUCGGUGAGGCAAGUUGGUACUGGAGAUUUCUCGUUACCACAACAUCCAGGUACACAUUUUAUCUAUGUACAUUUGCUUUUGGUUGCGUCUGUGCCUCUCUUCUUCAAUCUCUUUUUUCCAACCAGCCUGUUGAGUUAUAGCUAGCACUAUAACAUAAGGCUAAACUACAGCAGGCAGCUAGGAGUGU